GGAGGAAUGUAGGGUGAGUUGUCAGGGGACUCGACCCGCCUUAGGAGGCACUAUUCCCGGAUACAUUUUAUCCAUUUUAACCUCUUUCUCUGGUUCUCUGGUUGCAUCCGUCUCUGGAUCAUGGAAGAAUGCAUCCGCUGCAUGAGGACUUUGGAUCGGAUACAAUUGUUGCCUGGAUGACCCCCAAUCAUGGUUCUUACCAAACUUAACGUUUUGAACUGGUCUCCGGAAGAAAGUAAGGGGAGUUGCCAGGGGACUCGACCCGCCUUAGGAGGCACUAUUUCACCCAGUUUUGGCUCCCGCCUUGCCUGGAUGAUAGGACCGAUAGAUGACAGGGAUCUCUGCCCGCCUAACGAGUGCCUAAAGUAGACACCUUUCGCACGAUGAUGCAAAUGGGUUAUUUAUUGAAAAUAAACCGGAGAGAUUUGACAUGGGGUCUUUCUAGUUCGCUGAGUGCAACUUUCUUAUUUUCACCUAUCCUUCUUUGUCCCCCCCGGUUCUAUACAUUAUACUGGUGACACUUCCCGGUACCGAAAUGCUCAGGCAUACAAAAAUGAUGGCGAUCGGUUGUCCUAUCUGUAAUAGUCCCUACCGUGCCCUGAGCAAGCACCUGCUGAGGAACCAUAGUGUGCGUAAUUUAGUUGAAAGAAGAAUUCUGCUGUUGUUGGCGAAAGGACGGAUAAACAUUAGGCUCCAUCCCUGCAUUAUUGCAGGAUGCGAGUACAACGGGACAAGGCUGGACCGCCACUUGUACAGAAACCAUGUUGAGCUGUCCCGGCAGGAAUUACAUGUGGUUUUAACUAAACUAAAAAUGAAAGUGGCCACGAAGAAGCUUCAUGAACUCAGUUUGACAAACCCCACAGUAGCAAUGAUUACCUCUUGGGAUGUGGACACUGUGGGUGAUGAUGUCCUGUCACAACCUCCACCCUUGUCCCCAGUGAUUAAAUGUGACAACCCGGACUGUAAGGAAUGGAGGAUGGAUGCAAACAGAAUGAAGGCUCAGAGGGACAUAUAUGCUGCUGAGGUGAAAUCCCUGCGCUGCAUGCUGCAGCAGAGGAUUAAACGUAACCGAAAGAGGAUGAACCAGAGGGCCGAGGACCAAGAGCGGGUGUUUCUAAGGAAACGAUCCCGAACAGAGUCAACACCAAAGAGGCUGUCCAAGUCCAAAGGUCCCUCCUGCAGGAAGUCCCCCAUUGCCUCUCACACACCUGUAUCCAGCUCCUCAGAACCUGCAUCCAUAGAUACCGAGGCCUCGUCAUCCUCCCCUCCCAUACAUUCCCCCUGGUUCAGCGGCAGGGGCCGGGGGAAUCGAAUGCGGGACAUUACAUUCCCACGCAUCAUGGAGAAGUAUCUGCAAGGCUACCAGGACCAUUAUGAGGGCAUCGAUCCAACAGUGAGGCUCCAAGAAAACGCAGUCUCCAAAAUAAGCAGAGUCAAAUCAUUCCUAAGCUUCAUGGCACACGGUUUCAAUCGCCUGUCUGACUGGCUCUUUUUGAGGGAUCUGAAGAGGAUACGUGGGUGGUCCCGGAGCCUGAUAAAGUCAAGCCUACAGGUCACGACAUCUGACUUCUAUAUCAAAAAUAUAUCACACUUUCUCAAGUACAUGAAUGAAACACCAUGCAAGGGGAGCAGGCUCAACCAGAAUGACAUGAUUUUAAUCACAAGUCCAUGA